CACUCACACCUUCUUGACCCUGUUAAUUAUUACAAGGGAAACGAUGAAGGCCAACGUGCAUUUCAGUCCAUCGUGAGGGAGCAAACCAUCAGUUUGCUCAGAGCCAUGAGCCAGCAGAGCACAGCCACCACAGAGCUGCCUGGGCUGCCAGGGGACAAGGCAGCAGCAGCCUUUGCAGUGGCAGACAUCAUCGUGGUGGUUCUGUACUUCGUCUUUAUCCUCGCUGUGGGGAUAUGGUCAUCAGUACGAGCGAGCCGGGGCACUGUUGGAGGAUAUUUCCUGGCUGGAAGAUCCAUGUCUUGGUGGCCUAUUGGAGCCUCCCUGAUGUCGACCGACGUGGGCAGCGGUUCCUUCAUCGGCCUGGCGGGCACGGCGGCAGCCGGGGGCAUCGCCGUCGGGGGCUUUGAGUGGAAUGCCAUCUGGCCACUGCUGGCUCUGGGCUGGAUCUUUGUGCCAGUUUACAUCGCAGCAGGAGUUGUCACCCUGCCUGAGUACCUGAAGAAGAGGUUUGGAGGGCAAAGGCUGCAAAUCUACACGUCUGUGCUGUCCCUGAUUCUCUACAUAUUCACCAGGAUAUCGACAGACAUUUUUGCUGGAGCAUUGUUCAUCCAAACUGCUUUGGGCUGGAACCUCUACUUGUCCACUGUGGUCCUGCUAGCAGUGACUGCUGUCUACACCAUAGCUGGGGGUUUGACUGCUGUGAUUUACACAGACGUGCUGCAGACCCUGAUCAUGGUGCUGGGAGCUUUGGUCCUCAUGUUCAUAGGAUUUGAAAAAGUUGGCUGGUAUGAAGGACUUAAGGAGAAAUACAGCACAGCAAUACCAAAGAUCACAGUCCCAAACACAGACUGUCACCUCCCACGUGCAGAUGCCUUUCAUUUGUUCAGGGAUCCCAUCACAGGAGACCUUCCCUGGCCUGGCCUUGUAUUUGGUCUCACAGUGGUGGCUCUUUGGUGCUGGUGCACUGACCAGGUGAUGGUCCAGAGGUCUCUCUCUGCCAAGAACCUCUCCCAUGCCAAAGGUGGAUCAGUGUUUGCAGGAUAUCUGAAACUCUUCCCUGUGUUUUUCCUUGUCAUGCCAGGAAUGAUCAGCAGAGCUCUUUUCCCAGAUGAAGUGGCCUGUGUGGACCCAGAGGUCUGCAAGAGGAUCUGUGGAGCUGCUGUGGGUUGUUCCAACAUUGCCUACCCCAAACUGGUCAUUGAACUCAUGCCUGAUGGGCUCCGGGGUUUGAUGAUUGCAGUGAUGAUGGCAGCCCUGAUGAGCUCCCUCACCUCUGUUUUCAACAGCAGCAGCACCCUCUUCGUGCUGGACAUCUGGCAGCGGGUCCGCAGGCAGGCCUCCGAGCAGGAGCUGAUGAUUGUGGGCAGAGUCUUCACCCUCAUCCUUGUGGUUGUCAGCAUUCUCUGGAUCCCAAUGGUUCAGUCGGCCAACAGUGGGAAGCUCUUUGACUACAUUCAGUCCAUAGGCAGCUAUCUGAGCCCACCAAUUGCAGCCCUCUUUAUCCUGGCAAUCUUCUGCAAGAGGGUGAAUGAGCCUGGUGCUUUCUGGGGCCUCAUGGUUGGCUUUGUUGCUGGUGUGGUUCGGAUGAUCCUGGAGUUUAGUUACAGUGCCCCGUCCUGUGGGGAGGAGGACAGGAGGCCAGCUGUGCUGAAGGACGUGCACUACCUCUACUUUGCCCUCAUCCUCUUUGUCCUCACUUCCAUUGCCAUCCUCCUGGUCAGCCUCUGCACCCCACCCAUCCCCGAAGAAAAGCUGGAUGGCCUCAUGUGGUGGACCAGGCACAAAAAAGCACCUGCCAUAAUCCUGGCAAACAGUGAAGCAGCACAGACUGACCUGGAACAGAAUGACAAGGACCUGGUGGAAGCUGCAGCUUCAGAUGGCAAGGAGGAGGCAGCAGCCAAACGUCCCUGGUGGAAAAUGGUGUACAUGUGGUUCUGUGGUCUGCCCACCAACCCCACGCCCACGCUGUCCCCGGAGGAGAGAGCAGCCCUGGAGCACAGGCUCACCAGCAUCGAGGAGAAGCCCCAGUGGAAGAUUGUGUGUGACAUCAGUGCCAUUCUCCUGAUGGCCACCAACAUCUUCCUCUGGGCAUAUUUUGGCUGA